AUGAAAUUAAUGGAAUUUUCAAGUCGAAUAACUGCCCUAACAGCUGAAGAAACUAAAUUGAAAAGUCUUCAUCGACGUUUAGAAAUGCGCAUAAAACGAUUUUUACAUCGUACGCAUAAUUCAAUAGUUAUACAAGAAAAACUACUUAAUAUAGAAAAAUGUUCAAAAAAUGAAUUACUUUUACGUCAGAGUUUGAUACAACAAGAAAAACCACCCAAAGACUAUAAACAAGUUUGGAGUCAUAUACAAUAUAUCGAAGCAGAUAAUAAAAAUCUUGAAAAAACUAUUGAUUCUCUUUGUACUAAAAUAAAAGAAAUAGAAAAAGAUUCAGAGCGAACUAGAAAAAUGCAUAAUAAGCAAGAUGAUACUGAACAAUAUAAUAAUAAAACAAAGUUAAGUCAAGCUGAAAAUCAGUUGCAUCGCAUGAAUCUUGAAUUAAGCAAAAUUUGUGCAAAUAAUGCUGAAUUACGUAUUAAUAUUAAACUUAUGUUAGAUGAACGUCGUGAAAUGAUUGAAGAAUAUAAUCGACUUCGUAUUGCCUUGCAAAAUGCAACUGAUGAAUCGCGUCGAUUAACUCACGAGUGUUCAGAAAGUUUUGCUAAUAGACGAAAUAUGCUUGCACGUAUGCGAGCUAUACGCGAUCAACAUGAACGUGAUGAAAAGAAAUUACUGAAUGAUAUUCGCGAACUUGAUCGAUUAUCUGAAAGUAAUUAUGCAUCGAAAAAUUUUAUUGUAAAAAAAUCCAAUGUACGCCAAGAACAAACUCGAUUGAAUGAACUAUUCUCUGGCAAACGUGCUCAAGGAGUAAAAAGUGCUUAUACAGCCAAUGAAUUUCGGCAUUUAUUUCGUAUUGGUUUUGAUCAAGAUUUUUUCAAAGAAAAAGUACUUAGUCGAGCUGUUGAAACUUUUAUUGGCGAACAAGAACAAGUAUUUACACUUUUUGAAUAUUUUGUAGAAUUAGUUAACGAACUUGAUCAUCUUCAUGAAGAUCUUGAUAAUAAACGAAAAUAUAUUUCAAAUCUAUUCUUGAAUGAUAAUAUUGAUACAAUUGUUAUCAAAGAUAUAUUUGCAACAUUAGAAUAUUCUGUAAAUAAAGCUAAUACGAAUGUUCAAUCACUUCACACAGCUAAACAAAAUCUUCGCAUAAUAUUAGACACUGCUUAUCAAUUGAUCAAUAAUUUAUUUCUUGAACUUAACUGUGAUCGAAAUAUUAUUCUAUCGCCGAACGAAUCAAUCAAUGAUCGAAAUAUUCUUUUCUAUUUAGCUACAAUUGAAAGUCGUGUCCAAGAAUUGUUAUUUACGUUAAAAACAAAUCGAAAGAGUGGAGGAACCCAUGGCUACACAGAUGAUACGACUAUAAGUUGGCGAAUAAUUCAUAGAAAUAUGGAUCAGUCAUAUAAUUAG